AUGACCAAGCGGACCCGGCACGCGCUUACCGCUAAGGAGAAGCUUCACUGGCUGGCCAUGCUGGAUUCUCAGUCAGAUCUCAGCAUCCGCGGCUUGGCGAGGCUCGCCAAGGUGCAGCCAAAGCAGAUCGACGAGUGGAAGAGGCUUAAGGAGCGCCUCGAAGUCUCUGCCGGAUGUCGCCGCCGGCUUCAUGGUGGCGGACGGAAGGCGAAGUGGCCCGCGAUGGAAAGGGCGGAGGCAGAGGAUGGUCCCCUCCCCAACCCGUUCUACGAAGACCUCGCAAACGCCCCUGAGCCCGCAGCCACCGAGGGGGAGGAGGAGGAAGAGGCUGAGCCUGGGCUUGAUGGGGAGGCGGAUGGGGUGGCUGCUGCAGCAGAGGGGCUUGAGGCGACAUCCUUGGAGGAGGAAGAUGAGGCAGACGAGGUGAUGGGAGAAGCUGACGAAUGGAGCGACGAUGGGGAGGAGUGGUGGGCCCCUGGCCGCUUUGAUGGGGAGGAAGUGGAGGAGUGGGUGGCAGGCCAGGAGUAG